GUUUCAAGCGCAUGGAGCGCAAUAAGACACGUUGACAGAUCAAGUGCAUAAUUUAUCUUCAGUUGAGCCAACCGAAACUCAAACUUGUCCACAGGUCACAAGGCAGGGGAGGAUGGAAACUAUUCAGUGAUGUGGUCAGUUAACUCAUUGCUUUCUCCACUUCAGUCAAAAUUACAUGAACUCCAUUUCCCCUUCAAUGUAUUCUCAACUAGGCCUGCUUCAGAAACAUAUCAUAAUCAUUAUUUAUUCAGGAUUAAUUAUAAUACUGUAUUAUUAGGUUAUUAUGGAGUAGCUCUGGGUUACUCUGCGCGUGGUGUUACGGGUGUCACAAUUUAACACUGCCAAAAGUCAGCCACCAUAUCUUCUUAAAAUGUGAUUUAUAACAUUAACCUAACCUUAACCGAUAUGCUAACCCUAUUCCUAAUCCUACCCUUAAAUGAAGACCAAAAAGCACAUUUUUGUCUUAAUAAUUUUUUUUUACGAUAUGGUUGUGUAUUGACUUUGUGGCUGUGGUAACUACGUGAAACCCCGUUUUAGGUGAAGUGCUACAGUGUUGCUGGAAAGUGAAAAUAUCUUCAAGCGACAGUUGAAGUCGUCCAUGGACUGGUUGGUACUGAUUAAACAGCCAGCUAGAUAGUGCCAACAAGAUCAGAGAGAACUUGUUAGAUCGAGAGACCGACUUGUCUUCACAUAAAAUCUACUUUAAAAAGGACAGCCAGUAUAAUGUUUUAUUCAAAUGCAUGGACUAAGUGCUUGAUAUGCCUUAUCUUUUUAACAAGUGGAAAUGCCGAGUGUCCCAAUCCUCAAGUAGAGGGAAAUGUUGUUCUAACGAAUGAUGCGCUAUUAAUUAACGUUUUUCCGGAGGGGGAGAAAGUCACUUUUGAGUGUGUCAACGGCUACUUGAAAGAGCAAGGAUCUGAAAGAAUCACCUGCACGAGUGGAAAGUGGAGCACGCUCAAAUUAAACUGCAAAAAGAAGGACUGUGGUGCCCCCAGGAAGAUACCACAUUUGACAUAUGAGUUUAAGGAAGGCACGCUUUUUGGUGCAUCAGCAAGAGCAAUCUGUGAUAAAGGUUAUCAACUUAUGGGCCCAAGUUACAGGCAGUGUUAUGCCACAGGUUGGAGUGGAAGACCAAGAUGUAACGUGGUAACUUGUGAUAAACCUCCUGAGAUAAUGAAUGGCACGAUCAUAGAGAAGCCUGGCGAAGAGUUACCAGAGUAUGGUUGUGUCAUACAGUACUCCUGUAAUGAAGGUUACACCCUCAUUGGAAACAAAUCAAUUGAGUGCAUUGAAGAUGGUGAAUACAACUCAUUACCUCCUGAAUGUAAAGAUGUCAAUGACAUUCUUUUGAAACCAACAACUAUAUCAACAUCAUCAAUAACAACAACAUCGACUGUUCCACCCACAAUACGAGAUGUGAAUGACAUUCUUUUGAAACCAACAACUAUAUCAACAUCAUCAAUAACAACAUCGACUGUUCCACCCACAAUACGAGAUGGCAAUGACAUUCUUUUGAAACCAACAACUAUAUCAACAUCAUCAAUAACAACAACAUCGACUGUUCCACCCACAAUACGAGUUUCAGGGAGGAAUAAUGGCGUUGGGGAACAUGACACCAAUGCAGCUACUGAGAUUGCAGCGGUUGUGGGUAGUGUGAUCGGCACUGUCAUAACUCGUACCAGUUUGGAGAAGACCGAAGUCGAACAGAUGAAUUAUUACAAUUUCAAAAUAACUACGUUGAAUGCCUACCCAAGGUCUAGGACUGCACCUAUCUGCUAGUCUGCAUCUGUAGCCUUGAAAAGUAGUGCCAGCGGAUUGUUCCUCUGACCAUUCCCUGGUUGGACAAAGCCAUUUAAUUUACAGUGCCCUUAUGUAUGUGGCAAUACUGAAUGGAAGUUAUAAUUGCACUUUUUAUUAAGUUGUUUUUGAAAGUCAGUUCAGCAGAAAUGUUUUAACCCAAUGUUUGAAAACCGGUUUUGAAAUAUUUUUAUUCUCUAUUUAUAUACAAAACUGAAAUAUACAUAAUUGUCUUUUCAAAUGCCAUAUUUGACUACAGGUUGCUAGCUUGCUCUGUUGUGUGGGCAGAAGCCCCUGUAAUGAGAUUAGUGCACUAAACAAAAUGUAUGAUUGAGGAAAUUCCCAGGCUGAUAAUCACUGACCAUUUCUAAAUGUGUGCUUACUGAUCGUGGCUCACAGGAAAAUAACAGUAUGAGACAGUUUCCUGGACCCAGGUUAAGCCUACAGCACUGUAUUCCUUUUCAAGUAGGCUUAAUCUGGGUCCAGGAAACCAGCUCUUCGUGUUAUUUUCCGGCAGCCCCAAAUGUCACAAAAUAACGUCAAUCUUUUUACUUAGAGGUUUUGUACUUUGAUUUUCUAGUGUGUAUUGUGUGAUUUAAGAUAUCAAAUUACUUUUAUGAUAACUGCCUUUUCUCCUUCUUUGAGACACAUUUGUGUAAAUAUGAAAGUAUGUACAUUGUCUAAUAAUCAUGGUUGGGUAGGUUAAUUUGUAAAUGUAAUCUGCUACAGUUACUAUACUAUAUCCCAGAAAUGUUCCAUAUCCACAAAAAGCUUAUUUCUCUCAAAUGUUGUGCAUACAUUAGUUUACAUCUAGGGUUGCCAACUUUUUCACUACCAAAUAAGGGACAAAAGGUGGCGUGCCUGUCAGUGCACAGUGCCACGGCGGUAUGGGUAUGGUGUCGUGUGAAUACAGUGAUACAGUGUAUAUUCAUAUUUUUAUUAAAUUGGAAAGGCAAAACAUUUCUAUAUUCCAUUUAGCCUAUAGCUUUACUAAAACUGUAUCAUUAUGUAAACUUAUAUGAAUAAACCUCUAAAUUAAUUAUCAAAGAAAUCACAAUUUGGACCUUUACAGCAAAAAAAAACUUUUCAAAUGCAAAACAGGAAAGAGGGGCACGAGUCACUCACCAAGUCUACAUAUUUUUUGCUGCUCGUGACUAAUUCAAGCUGUCCUUUCUCCUCUUGCAUAGCCAGAGAGAAGUCAUUACAUGACAAGUCACAGUUCCCAGAUAUUUGAAGUUCAUUUUUGAUCAGUUCUGUGCUACAUCGGUUUCUUGAGUCUGACCAUUUAAUGGUCAUCAGACAGAAAAUCCUCUCUACAAAGACAUUUGAGUCUGGCACACUGAGGACAAAUGAGACAAUCCUGAACAUGUUGAUCAAGUUGGCUUUCCCUAGGUUUUUGAGAACUGCCACCUACUUCGCACUGGUGGUUUUUGUGGUAUCCUGUCUGGUAUUCUGUAUUUCCUCCCGGCUAGCACAGAACUCUUCAUAGAGUUGGUCCAUACUGACUGUAUUACAUGUUCUGGUGAGAAAUCAAACCACUUGUCAAUGUAUGUAAUGACAGUGUCAUAGAACUUCAAAGUCCUGUUGCUGCUUGGACCUUUGUGCUGACAAUUGUUUGUCCAUCAGCUGCUUGGUCUACUCAGAAAAAAAACUCCUGUUUCAGCUGAAGCAUCUUACAUUUUGAACUUUUGGACUUCCUCGUAAACAUCUGUGAUACAGAGCGUCGUUUCCUCCAGCUUUUUUUACGAGUUGGUCAAAAACACACCCACUUUGUGGAAAAAGCACAGAUAAAUCUCAGCAUCUUCUGUUUUUUCUUUAUACUCGAAAAUACUAUUCAGUGCCACAGAACAGGUCUCCCUAAGGGACCUGAAGUAUGAUGUAAGAGCUGGCCAGCUUUGCUGGAGACGAUCGACAGCUGGAUGAAGAGCCAUUGUGUGCAAACAUGUCACAGAAUUUCACGCCACUCGAGUGGCGUCAACAAAGACACAAAAAAAUGCAUGCAGUUGCUCUCUUCGGGAAGCGGAUACUGAUAAGUGGCUGUAAAACAAUUGUCUCAAUAUCCACUGACCACAGGCGUGCUUGCAGGCUUUAUUAGCUGGGCAAUUAGCUUUCAGAAUGUGAUUGUUGGCUCUGCUCAAUAACUGGUAAACGGAGGUGUUUUCCAAUUAUAUCAGUUUCCGCAGUAGACGUCACGAAGAAUGCACCGAUAUUGCUAGCACCUUUAGCUAGCGUGGCCUUGUGCAUUUCUGUGGAAGCAUGCUGAGUUAGGUCAUUCUCCCCUUCGUGGCCUUUGCCCUCCCAGGACCACCCAUGGCUGCACCCCUGCCCAGUCAUGCGAAAUCCAUAGAUUAGGGCCUAAUGAAUUGAUUUAAAUAGACUGAUUUCCUUCUAUGAAAUGUAACUCAGUAAAGUAUUUAAAAUUGUUGCAUGUUUUUGUUCAGUAUAGAGUUACCUGUCCUAAAUUGUAAUCAGUAACUUAACUUUUGAAUUACCCAAACUCAGUAACGUAAAUCUGAUUACUUUCCCUUUAAGAGGCAUAGGUUGGCAUGAAUCUUGUUCUGGAAGCAGCUCUGCAGAGUGGUCACUAUCUGGCACAGCCACAAAGUCAUACAAUCUGAUAAUUUAAAACCUAACUAACCUUAAUCACACUAACAUUAAUGCCUUACCCUAACCUUAAAUUAAAGCACAUUUUUGUUUUCAUAACAUAGCCAAUUUCGACUUUGCUGCUGGCGUAUCUAGCAGAAUUCGCUCAGUUCUGCCUCAAGGACAAGACUCAUCCCAAUAAACAUCAACAUGCUCAAAUGGCAUUAGAAGAAGAUAAAAUGAAUAUUAGCAGUUGAAUGACAUGCAUUGCAGCUGGCCAUAAAUAGCUGGCAAUAAAUGGAUGGUGCAUUUUACUUUAUGGGUUGGUUACGUAGGCUUCUACUACAGAUAAUAAUAAUAUGAUUCGGCUAUAUCUUUACAUAAAACAAAAAAGAGUGUCAGAUUUCCAGUUAAUGUUAUACCCCUUGAUCUUCAAGAAUAGGACUUGGAAGUAUGGAAGUAUAGAUUAGCCAAACUGUUUUACAUGAGCAUAACCCAAAAUGUAAGGACUAGCCUACUCUGUUGUUUAUGAUUAUGUUGUCAUGGAGGGCUGAUUGGGCUCAUUGCUUCGAGUUGAAAAAUAAAUGCUGCCUUUGGAAUGGCAUGCUUUGAGCACUACCGAAAAGUGCUAUCUGCAUUUGAAAAAUGUAUGCCAUAUUCUGCAUUUGCUGUAGGCCUAUUUGUUUUACAUUUUUGUUGAUGACACUUUGAUAUCUUGAUAGUUUUAAGUCUAUCAAAAGUGUACGAGUUUUAGCAUGUGUCCGUUUGGCCUAGACAUCAUUUUAAUUAGCAUGAAUUAGAUUGAGCAAUAAAAGUCCUACUCGUCGCCUGUUCCUGCUCUUUCCCCCCGAACCAUCAAACGCGUUUGGUAUCAUAGUGAUCUUUGAAUAAACUUAAACAUGUACCUUU